AGUUUUUCCGCCGGUGUUCGGACACCAGAAGGAGAGAUAUAGCGAAGAGCCACUUCUCAAUGGUGAACCUGGGCUUGUCCAGAGUGGACGAUGAGCUGGCAGCUAAGCAUCCGGGCUUAUCAGGAUAUGCAUCAUGUCAGUCAAAAGCUUUUAUGAUGGGAGUAGUCACUUUUAUGACAGGCACUGUCACAGCAAUGUUGAUCCAGAGUUCUUUGAAGAGGAGACUUCCAUAUCCUAAGAAAUGGAAUAUACUUCUAUCUGUAGUUGCAGGUUCUCUUUCCAGCUAUGCAGUGACUACAAGAGAGACAGAAAAAUGUUCCAGAUUGUGGAUUUACCUCGAGACAGGUCAUCACCCGCAAUUGCAUAACAAAGAGUCCCAGCAAACUUCAGAAGCAGAUCAAAAGUACAGCAAAACCAGGAAUAAAUACGGGGAUGAAAUUUAAUAAAUGCUUGUUUCACAGCAGGGGACUUUCUUGAACUUGAAUUAGCCUGCCACAGAA